GCUGGCUGCUCGCAUCAUCUUUGGGCAUCAUCACCAUGCUGGCGUGGUGGCCGUUAGCGUUGCGUCGUGCGGCAGUGGUAGUGGGGCUGUGCAAAGCCGCAAGGCUGCAAGCGGGCGAGCCAACCAUGCGUAUGUCUCUGGUGCCUGGGAGAAAAAAAAACAAGCAGCAGCUCACCCCGUGCGUCUGUGGCUCUGCGCUUUGGUUGUCUGCGUCUCUUCUUGCUUGUUGCCAAGUCCGCUUCCGCCGGUGGAAAGUUGAUUGAAAACAUCAACAAACUCUCGGAGGCGAAGGACAGUUGCGGGUUUGGUUGUGUCACAGCAGAACUGCUGCUGCCAUUGUUCCCUUGCUUGCUUGCUCGUCCUACCUUCACUCUUGCACUUCUUCUUGCUUCUUGUGUGACUCCGCUUCAGCCAGUAGCAGCUCAAGAUGACAGACUUUGCGACGCGCAUGACACAGGCAGCGCUUGAUCUCAACACCCAGAAGCUGUUGCUGUCGGUGGCCGACAAUUCCUGCGGCACUCUCGUCGCGUUGAGCGGGAAAAAGCUCGGCGAUGCGGGUAUGGCAUAUGUGGCAGAGGCCCUUCAGAAGAACAAGGUCAUCGACUGGCUGGACUUGACAAACAACGCCAUCACGUCCGACGGCGUUAAGGCGCUCGCUGACACGCUGACGGCCCACGAGACACUUUGCACGUUGACCCUCACUGACAAUGACAUUGACGACGAAGGCGCAAGGACUCUGGCAACGGUGGUGGGAAGCAACCCCAACAUCAACACUCUCUCGCUGCAUGAGAAUGAAAAAAUCACGCCUGUUGGCAUCAAGGCGAUCCAGGAUGCUGUGGCGGACAGACCAGACUUUACUCUUGCCAUAGAGACUGGCUCACCAUGAUGCGUGGAUGUGUACACGCGUGUGUGUGAGUGCGUGCGUGCGUGCGUGCGUGUGUGUAUGUGUGUGUGUGUAUGUGUGUGUGUGUAUGUGUGUGUGUGUGUGUGUGUCACCGGUUUGCUCUCUUGUUUCCGCUCCUUUCCCAACAAGCAAACAAAAACCCCGUCAACAAUGAAACCGCAAGUCAAAG